UGCCGCCGCCCCGGACCGCACAACACAAAGCUGGACCACAGGCAGCACCAGCCGCAGCAGCCGAGGAAGACGACGCAGCCGACACCGCCGACACGCGCGGAGCUCAAGAGAGGCCGGCGGCCAUGUCGGCGGAGACGGAGCGGAGCUCCACGGAGUCCUCCGCGGUGUCCGGGCUCGACUUCGAGGACACCGCGCUCACGCUCACCCUGCGCCUUCCCGGCUCCUCCCCCGCCGACCCCGACCGCAAGCGCGGCGCCUCCUCCUCCUCCUCCUCCCGCUCCCUCGCCGACCGCUCCUCCCUCCUCGCCGAGGCUCCGCCGGCCCCCAAGGCGCGGGUGGUGGGCUGGCCGCCGGUGAGGUCGUUCCGCAAGAAUGCGCUCGAGAACGUCGCCGCCGGUUCCACCAGGGCGGCGGCGGCCGCGCCGGCCAAGUUCGUCAAGGUGGCCGUCGACGGCGCGCCGUACCUGCGCAAGGUGAACCUGCGGGACCACGCCGGCUACGACCAGCUCCUCCGCGCGCUCCAGGACAAGUUCCGCUCCCACUUCACCAUCAGGAAGUUCGCCAACGACGAGAAGAAGCUGGUGGACGCGGUGAACGGGACGGAGUACGUGCCCACCUACGAGGACAAGGACGGCGAUUGGAUGCUCGUCGGCGACGUCCCCUGGAAGAUGUUUGUGGAGGCCUGCCAACGCGUCCGCCUGAUGAAGAACUCCGAGGCCGUGAACCUAGCUAUGCGGAUUCGCUGAACUCGUUUCUGUUGCUCACAGCACCCGGAGCUGCCCGGUGAGGUGCACUGCGUGGCCCUUACGAAUGGUGCUGCCUGAAAGGAGGAGGAGGCUUUGCUCUGAUGAGGAGAUAGGAACGUGUACAGCUAUUAUCUUCGCUUACCGCUUUCGGUCGCCCGAUGCUCUUGAGUCGUGAAAAGAUGUUGGUUUCAUUACUCGUCUGUAGCACUCUCUACUACUACUACUACUACUACUACGUAUAGAAAGAUGGUGAUGGUGAAAGUGCUGGGAGCUUGAAAUAUACACCUCUACAUAUAUAUAAAUAUAUAGUCUGUCUGUUUGUUUGUUCGUCUGUUGAUGAAUAAGACCAAACUUGCAGAGCUCGGUGCUCUCUGCUGUCUGCGCGCACUCGUUGCGAGGUUACCUGUGGUUGCUUGCCUUUGCCUUGGUAAAUCUGAGUUUUUUUUUGUGUGCCAAGUGAUGGUUUUUGUAUGAAGUUCAUGUUUGUGCUAUGCUGCAAGAAAUGUGUCCACCUUGUUC